CUCCCCGCGGCCAAUUGGCGUCGCCGCGGCUUAUCCGGCGCUUAUCCGUCGUGCGUCCGCUGGCGCGUCAGUUGGUCGGGGUCUGGGGUUGAGGGUGCCCGCUUUGCUGGGCCCCGCGCUCCUGUAUCGGUUCCCCCCUCCCGCCCUCGAAGCGCUUGGUUCCCACCGACCCCGACCCCGAUCCGCGUUGCAGCGCCGUCGCUUAGGCGCCAUGUCGCAGAGCGGGACUCCCGGACUGCAGGAGGAGAACUUGCAGGGCUCCUGGGUGGAGUUGCAUUUCAGCAAUAAUGGGAACGGAAGCAGCGCUCCGGCCUCUGCUUCUAUUUAUAACGGCGACCUGGAAAAGAUCCUGCUGGACGCCCAGCACGAGUCCGGACGGAGCAGUUCCAAGAGCUCCCACUGCGACAGCCCACCUCGCUCGCAGACUCCGCAGGACACGCACCGAGCGUCGGAGGCGGACACGCACAGCAUCGGAGAGAAGAACAGCUCUCAGUCGGAGGAAGAUUACAUGGAGAGAAGGAAAGAAGUGGAGAGCAUCUUGAAGAAGAGCUCCGACUGGAUCUGGGACUGGUCCAGCCGGCCGGAGAACGUCCCCCCCAAGGAGCUCCUCUUCAAGCACCCGAGGCGCACGGCCACGCUCAGCAUGCGGAACACGAGCGUGAUGAAGAAGGGGGGCAUCUUCUCGGCCGAGUUCCUCAAGGUCUUCCUCCCGUCGCUGCUGCUCUCGCACCUGCUGGCCAUCGGGCUGGGGAUCUACAUCGGAAGGCGUCUGCCCACCUCCACCAGCACCUUCUGAUGCAGCCUCGGAGCCCGGCUCCUCCCCGCGGCGGCGGCGGCGACGCUGCUGGGGCCGUGCAGGGCUGCCCGCCGCGCUGCUCUCUCCACGCCGCGCCCCGUCCUCCAGCAGGAUGGCAGGGAGACAAGACCGAGGACGAGCGAGCCUGUACUGGUUCCUGGGCUCGGUCAGCGCGCAUGUCCUGUUGAUUAACAUCUCCUGUAAUGAUCGGUAGUGAAUCGUCCGGAUAUUAUAAAUAAGUAAACAACGUUAACACGCGAGAUACGACGUACGUAGUAUUUUAAUGUUCUCUGUAACCAGCUAGUUACAAUACUUUAUAUUUGCAAAGAAUGGAUGUUUAUUAAAAUGACUACAUACAGGGUUUCUCCCAAAUACUGUGGCCUUAUCUUCACACGGUUACAGGCCCUGCGUGUGCGCGGUGCGGCCUGUCUCCUGGAGACGUGUCACUCCUACACGGAGUUCCCGCUCACGCAGUAGAAUCCAAGGAACAGACAGGCUCCCCUGUGCUGCUGGGACACGAGGCUGGGGCCUCCCUCGGGGUGGGGGAGGGGGGUCCUGUCUGUGGGGGGGACCUGGGACAGUGGGGCUCCCGCCCCGCGCCCUGCUCGGUGCCCUCCCCGCCCCGCGCCCGGAUGGCUGGGUUCCGCUUCCCUCGGUGUUGGGUGCUCACGUGCUCUUAGAGGCCGCGUGAUCCUAAGCAAACCUGUGUCUACUUCAAAAGACUGGAAAUUAAAAAAAAUAAAUCUUUGCCAAAUCCUCGA